AUGAUUCCAAUUACACGCAAAAAAGCCUUGACCUCUUCCACGGGCUCGUCUACUUCUGGAAAAUCUGCUCCAAAACGUAAAGCAGAAGUAGACGAAAGAGACAAGACCCCAAAUAAAAAAAAAAUUAUGAACUCUCCGUCCAAGAAGGAAUCCCAAGCAGAACAAAAAGAAAUUACCCAAUUCCUAAGAUCAACAGAUACAACAGAUAAUUGGGUAUCCGUUAAUAAUUCUUUCUUCAAGAGAUAUGCCAAAGUUGCCGAGGAGCAACCUGAAAAAGAAAUUUUCUUGGAAAUAAAAAAAGAGUUGAAUGUUUUCGUUAGAUAUGAGUCAAAAUUAGAAGCGGAGAAGUUAGCCCUUGCAAAAGAAUUGAUUGAAUUGAAAGAAAUGGAGAAAAGGGAAAUCAUAGAAACUAAGGAGUUUGAAAAGCGAGAAUUGAUAGAAAAAUUCAAGAAAGAGCCGGGCUCCGGCUUUUUCUG